AUGAUCGGAACAUCUACUAUUGAGUAUCUCUUUAUUCGGAUUUGCAUCCUAUUUCUUCGCAACAUUGUACCAAUCAGUGUUUUAUACAGCAUUCAUUUACUUACGAAUCAAUGUCUUCACUUGCCAUUCUGUCUCGAAUGCACGCCCCACCCUAUCCAUGUCUGGCUCACUGCGGAGGCAGCCUUUUUCGCAACUGUCUUCAUACCACUCAAAUACGCUCUCCAUCAUUCUCCCAUCUGCAAUAGAUCUUUACCCGCAGAGUGCAGAAAGAGAUUGUUCCAAACUUGCAACGCGAAUGUGCCAAAUGUAGAGAAAUAUCUGAGCCGGUGGCUUAUGGUCUCAGAAGCGGAAUACAUCAAGCGCGAUAACGUGAAAGACUUUAUCAGAUGGGCAUUCUUCAGACCGGGAUGCACGGAGGAGCAGGACCCACAAAAUGAAGCGGAAGUCGAGGCCUAUACAGCAGAAACAGAGAAGCUAAUUGGUCGAAAACUGUCACUGGGAAGAACAGAUGUGAAAGGCCUUGGGCGGCUUUUAAAUGAAGCAGGCGGUUCACCACGUAGUCUUUUGUGGUACACUUGCGUUUUUGUGGUUGACACAAUAAUGUACUGCAAGAUGUUAUACAAUGGAUUCCACUUCCAUCGCAGCAUACUCUCGCGGUUCUUCACCGUCUUUCCAUUUCGCCCUCUUACGAUACUCACGGUUUACCAAUCACCGGCGCGGCAUCUCACAUACUGGCAUCGACGGCAUACAUCUAAGAAAAGGCUUCCCGUACUAUUUAUACAUGGAAUUGGAAUUGGCCUCUACCCUUACACGAGCUUUCUCCGAGACCUCAGCAGGGAGAUGAAGACAGGAGCAACUGAAGAUAGUGAGGUUGGCAUUAUCGCACUUGAGAUCAUGCCAGUAAGCUCUCGUUUAACUCAUCCGGCUUUAGAGAAGGAUGUGAUGAUAUGUGAGAUCAUGAAGAUCAUGCGGUAUCAUGGGUGGUGCAGAUUCGUGCUUGUGUCUCACUCUUAUGGCUCCAUCGUCGCUGCACACCUUCUAAAGUCCGAUCAAUUUACUCAGUUAAUCGGACCUACGGUCUUCAUCGAUCCUGUCUCAUUCCUCCUCCAUCUGCCUGACGUGGCAUACAACUUCAUAGCCCGCCAACCAUCGCGGGCCAAUGAAUACCAGCUUUGGUAUUUCGGAAGUAAAGAUAUAGGAGUUGCGCAUACGCUGGCGAAGAGGUUUUCCUGGAUUGACAACAUUAUUUGGAAGGAGGACCUCGGGAUAAAGGCCGAAGAGAACCAAGAGGGGGGUAUUUUGAUCGUGAAUGCCGAAACAGUGGGGCAGUACUUGAUGGGUUCAUCGUCUGAAGCCCGGACAUCAGAAAAAGAAGUAACACGAGCAUGGAAAAACAGGUCAUGGAUUGGUCACGGGCUUGAGCUGCUGUGGUAUGAACAUUUGGAUCAUGCUCAGGUUUUUGAUUCCGAGAAUACUAGGCGGCCAGUCAUCAGGGCAAUCUCUGUAUAUUCAGACAGGGGCUGA